AACAUUAUUCCCCGCUUCAAGCUCACCAAUUUCCCAUUUUUUAUAUCAACACAAAUCACCCCGAUGAUUCGCCCCCGUGGCACUGCAACUCCCACUCCCAAGAAAUCCGACCCUCUCGCGCGUCUCUCCACACCCUUCAAGUGCCCCGGCUCCGCCGCGCCCAUACGCAAAACGGUCCUCCCACCGCGUAAACGCCGCAAAGUAUCGUACAAAGACGCGGACGCGGACGACUGCGACGAUGAUGGCGGCUUCAAGCCGGACGGCGACGGCGAGGACCGCGAGGUCUUUGGCAAUCUCCAGGUGAACAAGGCGUUUCCCGUGUUCAAGCCCAAGGAUAAGGAUACGGUGUUCCGGGCCCGGUUUGCCGUUCCCCUCGCGGACAAGAAUGCUGGUGGAUACAAUCCGCAUCGCCCUGCGCCGGCCCUGGGUAUGCGUAAGAGUGUUAACUUCAUUGCGCGGCCGCUCCAUGAUCCCAGUGGCGAGUUCGCCAUCGUCCUGUACGAUCCGACUGUCGACGAUAAGAAGAUCGAGAUCAUCGAGCAGGAUGGUGAGGCGCCGAAGCUGGAGGUCAAGCCCAUCAGUAAGGUUCACAGGAGCUUGAAGGAGAUUUUGGGCCUGGAUCAGGCGAAGGAAAAGGAGGUGCCAAAGGUGCCGGUGGUUAUCGAUCCCAGGCUGGCGAAGGUCUUGCGGCCACAUCAGAUCGAGGGUGUCAAAUUCCUCUAUAGGUGUACGACAGGUCUCGUGGAUAGUGAUGCUAAAGGGUGCAUCAUGGCUGACGAGAUGGGUCUCGGAAAAACACUUCAAUGCAUUGCCCUCAUGUGGACACUGCUCAAGCAGUCACCGGAACCCGGGAAAUCUACCAUUCAGAAAUGUGUCAUUGCUUGUCCUUCGUCACUCGUUCGCAAUUGGGCCAACGAGUUGGUGAAAUGGUUGGGCAAGGACGCGAUAAUCCCUUUCGCCAUCGACGGCAAAGCUACGAAGGCGGAACUCACUUCUCAGCUCAAACAGUGGGCCAUCUCGUCGGGCAGGAGUGUGAUCAGACCAGUGAUCAUUGUCUCCUACGAAACGUUGCGGCUAUACUCGGAGGAGCUGAGGGAUGUGCACAUCGGGCUUCUACUCUGCGAUGAGGGUCAUCGCCUCAAGAACGCCGAAUCCCAAACCUACCAGGCUCUGAACGAGCUGAAAGUUGAUAGAAGGGUUAUCCUGUCCGGAACACCUAUUCAGAACGACCUCACCGAGUACUUCUCGCUUCUCAGUUUUGCAAAUCCUGGUCUACUCGGUACCAGACUGGAUUUCCGCAAGAAGUAUGAGAAUCCCAUUCUCAAGGGUCGCGAUUCGCUGGGAUCAAGCCAGGACCGCGAAAAGGGUGACACCUGUCUGAAGGAACUUCUUGGCAUAGUCAACAAGUUCAUCAUCCGACGGACGAACGACAUCCUUUCGAAAUAUCUUCCGGUGAAGUACGAGCACGUUGUCUUUUGCAAGCCUGCUCCGUUCCAGGAUGCUCUGUAUCGCUAUUUCAUCUCCUCGCCCGAAAUCAAGUCUCUCCUUCGAGGGAAGGGCUCGCAGCCGCUCAAAGCCAUCGGUAUGCUCAAGAAACUCUGCAAUCACCCGGAUCUCCUCAACCUUCCCGACGACCUCCCAGGUUGUGAGCAAUUCUUCCCCGAGGAUUUUGUUCCCAAGGAUGCCAGAGGCAGUCGAAACCGUGAGGUCAAUACCUGGUAUUCCGGCAAGAUGCAGGUCCUCGAUCGCAUGUUGGCCCGCAUCCGUCAGGACACGAACGACAAGAUCGUCCUGAUCAGCAAUUUCACGCAGACCCUGGAUGUGUUCGAGAAGCUGUGCAGAUCGAGGGGCUACGGCAAUCUACGCCUUGACGGAACGAUGAAUGUCAACAAGCGUCAGAAGCUCGUCGACAAAUUCAACGAUCCCGAGGGAUCCGAGUUCAUUUUCCUUCUGUCCUCCAAGGCCGGAGGCUGCGGUCUCAAUCUCAUCGGCGCCAACCGACUGGUCCUCUUCGAUCCCGACUGGAAUCCCGCCGCCGAUCAGCAAGCUCUAGCUCGUGUCUGGCGUGACGGGCAGAAGAAGGACUGCUUCGUCUACCGAUUCAUCACCACCGGCUCGAUCGAAGAGAAGAUCUUCCAGCGUCAAUCGCACAAGCAGUCGCUUUCCUCUUGCGUCGUGGACUCGGCCGAAGAUGUCGAGCGCCAUUUCAACGGAGAGGACUUGAGGAAGUUGUUUGAGUACGUACCGGAAACCAACAGCGAUACGCAUGAUACCUUCAAGUGUAAGCGCUGCAAAGAUGGGAAACAGAUCAUCCGCGCGCCUGCUAUCCUAUACGGUGAUACUAGUACUUGGAAUCAUUUUACGAACAAGAAGGGAGGGGGACUGGGUAACAUUCAGGAUCUGCUGUUGCGGCAGGAGAGCGGGCAGGACAUUGUCAGUGCUGUUUUCCAGUACAUUUCGCAUUAGAGGGGCAUUUUGAUUUUGCGGUUAAACUCUGACCCUUGAUAUUUCUUCUUUUUCGUUUUAUGAGCGUUGAUUAUAUGGUUAUAUGUGGAUUGCGGGAGUUAUUGGCAUGCGGAUGGAUGGUAUUAUUGCUGUGAGUUGGAUUGGUAUUAUGGAGUUAACUAUUAAGGGCUUUUGUUUAUUUCUAAGGGCUUUUCGUGUACCUUCGCGAGUAACUAUAGCGACCAGAAUAGAUGACUAAACGGCCGGUG